AUGACAUCUCUAACGUUUAAUUACGUCAGCAAAAAGUGUAACCUAAGUAGAGACACGUUAACGGAUGGAAUCAGUCAGUCAGGGAGAAGUCUCUUGUACUCGGAGUUGGGCUGGUUCUCUUCUGAGUUGGAGCCGGACUGUUAUGGCCGCCCCUGUGGUGACAACCAAGUGUGCGUUCCUGGACGCCUUGCAGACGGGAACACGGUUGACUGUUCGUAUACGUGCUUAAAUGUAUCCGGACCUGUUUGUCCACUUCCGGAAAAGCUAAAUGGUCCCAGAACAGCAGGCUCGAUUAACACCGUCAGUUGCAAUGCCUGGGAAACGGGUGGAGGGACAGCAACGUGCGGUAACGAUCUGAAGUGGAACGCCGUGAUUAAAAGAUGCAGACCCAUUUUUAAACUCGAGUGUAAUGACGAUGCAGUGUGUGCACCCAUCAACGCCCAGUGCCUUAGCGGUGGAUGUAAAUGCGGAACUCUCACGUCAUAUAAUUCAACAGAACACUUGUGCGUUGAAGCUCUUUGUGUAACCAGCGAGUAUCUUGUUAACGGCGCCAGCCCAGUGCUCGAUUCCCAGCUGUCAGUGUCGUCGGUUUGGAAUAAUAUUAACGUUCUAUGUCGAGCUCCGGGUGCACGACUAAACACACAGCCUUCAUUAACGACUUCUGGCUCUUGGUGCGCUGCAGAAAAUGACAAAAACCAAUUCAUUCAGGUCGAGUUUAAUCGUAUGGUACACGUAACAGGCAUCGCUCUACAGGGUCGGCCUAGCAACCCACAGUACGUUACGUCAUACAAAUUCCAGUAUAGUCAAAACUGUGACAACUUCACUACGUUUCUAAGCACAGAUGGAACAGAAAUGGUGUUUCAGGGAAAUACAGACCAAGAUACCGUUGUUACAUCCCUGUUGCCCAACCAAAUCACUGCAAAGUGUGUGCGCAUUAACCCACAAACAUGGUUCCACCAUAUCAGUCUACGAUUCGACAUACUCGGAUGCUAUUAGAUUUAUUGGAACUAGAAAUGUGUCCAUAGGACACGGAUGCCCCAAUAUGCUGCGUUUGUCCCAAACACAAGGGCCAUUAUUUUUGUCCAUUCUCCAUAAAUGAACAUCAGAAUGCUGAUAUUGAUAUACUUUUUAAAACAGCAAACCAAACCCCAGUUGAACAAUGAAAUGUAAGGGAAGUGACUCUGGUUAAACAAAGCGAAAGUGGGAAACAAACUCCGAGAUUCACCAUUUCAUCAACAAGAUCACAUUCCGCCAAGGGUUCUUGGCUCUUGGCUGAGUAUUUUUGGAGUUUUGAGCGACACAAGUUCCCAAAAUACUUUUGGACGGGAUCACCCACGUGAGGACCCACGGACUUACAAUGGCAAAUGUAUAUGUCCUCUGUUGUGGGGGCAUUAAAAGAAACUGUGCAAAACACAGUGACGGGCUUGAAUUGUCUCUAAAAUAUUUUGUUGAAAUAAGUGUUGGUUAUGUGCGUUCACAGAUGUAUUUAUAUCUUAGAGAUUUAUUAGUCAAAUAACAAUGAUUAUUUCAUUUUUUCAAGGUUUUGAAAUAUAUGACUGCACACGCGUCCAAAUAAAUAGAGGGUCGUUAAGUGUAAGAUCGCAAUAUAUUCACCGAGCAAGCACCAAAAGUUAUAUUUCACGAGUGUCGUAGCCACGAGAGAAAUCAUUAUUUUCGGUGUUCACGAGGUGAAAUAUUUGCGAUCGGUCAAUGAAUCAAGUACUUUUUCUUUUCAUCAUAUACUGCAAACAGGAUAUAAAAUGACAUUUCAUUAUUCUAUUUUAGUAAAACAUUUCGAAAGGUAUGCAAACGUAUCGACAUUUCGGAAAUCACAUCGUUCAAAUUGUUUCCCAGCCCUCUGCGCACUGAUGUUUAAUCUGGACGUAAGAAGGGGCCAUAAAUGUCAAAAGAGUGAAUAAUAUCAAAUUGAUAUUUUCACUAUUUGAAACAGUGAAAUAUCAACUUUAUUUCAAUUGCAUUUAUUUCCCAUCCCUGUGUCUGCUGAAAUUGUAUUAUGUUUUCCGUUGGUUAAAAGUUAUUGAUUAGACGUCAUUUCCAAAAAAUCGUUACGUUCGUAUACAAUUUGGCGUUUUCUGAAAUCCAUAGUAAAGUAUCUUUUGAUGUUUAUGUUUUGGCACAUUUUAUUAAGAAUGGACAUACAAAUUGAUUGUAUCAGUGACCGAUGUCAAUAAAUUUGAUCUCGUGAACACCAGAAGGAAUAAGAACUCGUCGCUUGGACGUAAAAUAUAGCGUUUGGUGCUGACUUGAUAUCUUUUAUGGAACAAACAUUCGUCCUCUAUUUGGUUUAUGCAAUCAAAUUGGGUAUAAUUUUAAACUGUGAAAUAACAUUUUAAUUGCUUUCACUAAUUUUAAAAUUUAAUCUGUGACUCUUUCUGUUGUCUAAACAUCGCGACAGAACGCUUGGACAACAUAGUUUUAUAAAUGACUUUAUUAUUAGAUUUUUUUCACGUCUUAGGAAUGCAACUUACUAUAAAUAAAUGUCAUUUAAAACAGACUUUAAGCUUAAAUAAAAAUUGUUUAUUACGGCAAGAUAUCACUUAAUGUCCUUUCAUCUCAUGAACACUAAAAGUUAAGAUUUUUGAUUUUAGAUUUAUAAUCAUAAUUAUAAGAAUCUUAUGCAGUAACUGCUGAUCAUUUUGAUUGCAAUAAUCCAUGCUUUGCGUGCUACGCUUUUUUAUACGCAAGAGAGAAUACUAUUUGAAUUUGUUUUGAAUUACUGUGCUUUUACGAAUCAUGCUGCAAAAUUGUAUAAUCAAUUGAUCUUAAAAAUUGUUUAUCUUAAUAAUCGACAAAAUGCCGCUAAAUAUAAAUAAAAGUAUCAAAGACAGUGUUAAAACUGUCAACCUAUAAAGAGACAUAAUAGUAUUGAAAAAACAACCGAGUUACCCAUGACAAAAUAAAAAUAAAAUAAAUUAAGAAAAAAAUAGUUUUAUAUUUUUCGCUAUUACAUUUCUUCAAUUACACAAUAAAAGAGUGAACAGAGGAGUUUUUGAAAAUGUAAAAAGGAAAAAUGUAAAGUCUCGAUCCAUUUCAUAAUCAGACUUCUUUAUUUAUUUUUAGUAAGUUAAUAGUUAGAUAACAUGAAGUAAGUUCUUAAUGUAUAAGAAUUGGCGGAGUAAGCGAAGUGAACGAGGCUUUCUUAAUCAUGAAGAAACUACUUCAGGUCAUUUAAUUGACUAAGAAUACAACUUUAUUGUCUGAUACAUGAACAACGCAAAAUCUGAUGCAAUGAGUGUGUAUCGGAUGAGUGACAGAAGGCGAACACCUGCGAAAGGUGAUAUUCUUAAUGAUUAAUUCUAGUACUAAAUGAUUGCCUAACUGUCGAUUCAAUGGCUUAAAAUGUUGGUUGUAUUCGAAAUGUAGGUUGUAUUCUAAUACAUGUUUUAAAGAUAUGUUUAUCACUGUUAUCUCAACUAAGUCUUUUUAACAUUUGAUCAUGUUGGAUGUUGAUAUGAUGUCUUACACAUUUCACAUGUACAUAUAAGUAACAAGCAACAUACUUUUUUAUUAUGAAAUUUUUGCAAUCAUUGUACAACACGACACAAUAAAUAUUCUGCACUUUAAACCAUUGCUUUGUUUCAUAUAAUACGUGUGUGUAAUUUUCAAUAUUUUUCAUUGGCGACUACCACGCAGACAUAAUAACAAAUAUGUUUGUUUAGCGUUGGAUGUAAUAGCAAUGGUAUUAUUUGCACAGACUGUGCUACCGAUAUUAAGAUUAUAUUAGAAAAACUAAAAAAGGAAGGUAGUAAAUUGUUCCUCGCAUUAUUUAUGAAGUUAUUCAAUAAAUGUUAUUUGAUCUUAUCAAAUAUUUAUUGGUCAUCAAAUAUCCGUCCAAUUAUGUUUAGUUCAUUCUGUUCUGAAUUCGAUUUCAUGACAUUUUAAGAUAAUUUUAACACUUACAGCUUUUAAAUGGUUUGUGCAUUAUUCAUAAGAUUUAGUUAUUCGACCCCCAUGGGAGAAAUCCAAGUAUUGAAGAAAAGUUGUUGUUUGUUGAAUAUUUUACGUAGUUUUACUUCCCACUUUAAAUAAUUUGUUAUGUGCUUUGAGAUGCGUGGCGACUCCAUAACAUUUUGGUAUCGUUUGCAUGUUUUGUGUGA